UCAACUGAUCACAGUGAAAUGGGCUCCAUCCUUGGCCUGUUAAUCCUCCUAGAAGGUCUUCUUUCCUCUUCUCUUGUGUAUGCCGACAGUCAUAGACUGAACUUCUACUUUUCAACCAUCUGGUCCCCAAAAGAGUCAACCCCACCACACACCCAAAUAAUUGCCUUUCUGGAUGAUGUUCCGAUUAUAAAAUACCCCAAUAGCAACAGAAAACUGCAACGACUCACUGACUGGCUAGAAAAUGUUCAUCCUAAACACUGGGAAGCUCUGGAGGAAAGUGCAAAGUACUACGAACAGCGGCAUCAAUAUAAAAUACAGCGUCUGAGACUGCCGCAAAAUUAUACAAAUCUGUAUGUCUAUCAAGUGAAAUUCGGUUGUUGGAUUAAUGAGGAUAAUUCUACGGGUGGGGAAGAAGAGUUUGGUGCUCAUGGUAGAGAUUUCCUCUUUUUGGACAACGAGAAGAAGAAGUUUAUGGCAUCUGCGGAUGAAGCAAUGGUGUUAGCUAAGGAUUGGAACAGCAGACCAAAUACUGUCAAAAGGCAACUCUACUAUAGAGACAAGGCGUGUAUUCAGUGGCUUCAGGAUUAUCUACUUGUGAAAACUGAUAACUUUUCAAAAAAUGUGCGCCCAGAGGUGAAGGUGUGGGGCCGUCGUCAGUCGGGUGGUGUGACCAGACUUCAUUGCCUGGUGUACGGGUUUCACCCCGGACCAGUGGAUGUGAAGUGGAUGAGAAAUGGGACAGACCAUAUUCCUUCAGAUGAAAUGACUCCAAUUCUCCCCCAUCCUGAUGGCACCUAUCAGAUCAGAGUCAGUGUGGAAGUGCCAACAAGGGAGGGAGACACUUACUCCUGUCAUGUGGAUCAUAGUAGUCUGGAGGAUGAGGCUCUCAGUGUGAAUCUGGGUAAGUAUCGACAGUUUAAGAUCCGUUGUCAGUGUGUAAUAAUCUGCCUGCAAUGUUAAUAACUGUACAUUAUUAUACCUGCUAAAAAUGAGCAAAGUUUAGGAACAGCAAUAAUCAGGAUCUAUCCCUGGGACAGAAAUGGACAUUGUCAAUAUUUUUAUUUAAUUUUUUUUUAAUGGAAAGAAAAUAAUGCUCCGUUUUAAAUGUUAAAGUGUACAAGUUGCCUUGUUACAAUAAACUAAAUGUGUACACAAAGGGAACAAAAAUAAUGGGCAUCUACCUGAAUGACAUAGGCAGGCAGAGAAAAUCUAGGCUGUUAGGUAUGAUAGUGCCGAGUUAUCUGGCAUGGGUGUGUUGGGUCAGAGCCGGUGUAUUGUGGUCAUGGAAACACGGGAUGUGCGCAUGCGCACUUGGGAUUACUUCCGCGACGAGAGGA